AUGCCGCUCAUUGCGCUCCUGCUGUGCUUGUGCUCGCUGCCCGGUGCCGCUCGUGCCGUGUUUACAGAGCAGUUAACACUACGUCCUCUUCCUGCUAUUAACCAGGUUCUUGGACGCUUUGAGUUUUCUGUGGAUGAGAAUUCUCGUCCUGACAAUGGCGUCUCGCUCUUCCCUAAUGUAUUGCGUCAAAUCCUCGAGAAACACGACGCUGAGUCGUUUCAUCUCACGUUUUCCGUUGGUAAAUACGUGGAUUGGCGCUACGGCUCAUCACAAAGCGUUAACGGCUCUGGAUUCACCCACGCGCCCUUUGGUACGCGGCUACAAGUCGUUUUACGUGGCGAUACCAACGCCCAACAGCGCUGGAGAGGUAUCACAUCAGAGCUCGGCGGCAUCUUCUCGGCAUCACUGAGUCAGAUGAAUGAGGCAGUCGUGACUGGGCUGCUACCAUCUUCAACACCACAAGAGCUGGGUGCUUUCCCGAUGACCAAUGCUGACUCAGAGCACGUGUUCCUACACGGUUCGCUGGCUCGCGAGGAGCUCUGCACAGAGAAUUUGACACCCUGGCUCAAGAUGUUGCCAUGUCGAGCCAUUUCUGGGCUUGGAUCUCUGAUUGACCCUAUUAAUGCCUUAUCAGGGGAGUAUCUGUCCAUGUCGCUAUUAGCAAAGAGAUCGUCGGACAACCGUUGGAUUCUUCGACAGCAUCUGACGACGGUGCAAAGUUUCAACGAACAUAACAAAGAACGUUGGAGUCUUGGCUCUUUAUUCUUUGCAAACGGCGAGUCCAGCACUGAUAUUUGUGCGUGUCCGCUCGCAGAAGAGAGUGUUAUUCAAACGGAAGAUAUGGAGUCGUCGAAUGUUGUGACUACCGAUCUUCGUGAGACACCUGUUUCUCUUUUUACCCCAUGGUUUAAAGACUGGGAAAGUGCGGUGAAAGAAGCCUCUUUGAGAGACAGCUACAAGGCGCAACGGGAUGUGGUGUCUGUACAUCGCUUUGCUACUGGGUACGGCCAAGUCCGCGGGGGCAUCGCAGUGCAGCUGCAGAAUAAUCACCCGUCAUGUGAUAUGCAUGUCACGUAUCAUGAUGUUAUCCCAUGGUACCUUCGUAUUUACUUUCAUACGUUCCAAGCGACUAUUGAUGGAAAUGAGCUGAAGGCACAAGAAUUGAUCCAAUCGUUUGAGUUUGUGCCAGCCGAAUUGCGAAGUCAACCCAACCAGUUGCGCCUCAAAGCGUUUCUGCCGGCCAACAAUACGCUGGUUUUCUCGCUUCAGAUGGAAAAGGUGUUCUUGCGCCUAUCAGAGCAUCCACCCGAUGCCAACCGGGGUUUUGACAUCUCUUCUGGUGUGGCAACCUUUCAGGUUGACUCGAAGUGUGGCAAGAACACUGGGUCUCUGUUUUUCACCACCACGUUGUACACGGAGCCCUUGCUCGUGCCGCUGCCUACGCCUGACUUUAGCAUGCCGUAUAAUGUAAUUACAAUGACGUCGACUGUCGUCGCUUUCUUCGUGGGCACGAUGCUCAACGCACUCCUGCGGAAGGCGCCGCGGUUGAAGCAAAUAAUGACAACUAGCCCAUAG